GUUAGAGGUUACAAGCUAGGUUGUCACCUAGCUAACAAGAGGUCUGUUGUUGUUUGUUUUUAUCUCUACAACGUCUUUAUUUGUCCCUCCUAUACACGCGUAAGUGAUAUUCGGUUAUUGUUAUUUAUUAGCUACGAUAUUAUUCACAGCGUAAUGUUGUGUUGCUUGAGGAAAUUGUUAGCUAGCUAGCCUGCUAGCCCUCAAAAAGGGCACAGGCGUGUGUGUGUGCCAAGUGUCUCCAAAAGUGUCAGCUGAAGGACGACUUUAGAGUUUGUUUGCGAUGACGUCAGCCGGCCUGGUUCGCGUGUUCGGUGUUCGUUCGGCAGGGGCCUGGCGCCUCCGAAGACAUGUCGGCUCCACACGCCUGCAGAGCACCAUGUCCGCCUGGGUCCUCGAUCAGUUCGGCACCAAUGAAGUCCUCCGGUUCUCCGAGGACACCCCCGUCCCCACGAUCACGUCCUCCAGCCAAGUGGUGGUCAAAGUCCACGCCACCAGUCUCAACCCUUUGGAUGUAGCCAUGAGGGGAGGGUAUGGCGCUAAGCUGCUCAAGCUACGAAGGGACCCAUUUUCUCUGAUGGACAACGACAGUGACUUUCCUGUGAUCCUGGGUCGAGAUGUGUCGGGUGUGGUUGUGGACUGUGGAUCUGCGGUUGCCCACUUUACACCAGGAGAUGAGGUCUGGGCUGCUGUGCCGCCAUGGAAACAAGGCAGUCUGGCAGAAUACGUCAAUCUAACAGAAUUUGAGGUUUCCCAUAAGCCCAAAUGCGUGAGUCACGAGGAGGCGGCGUCCAUCCCUUAUGUCGCCGGCACUGUUUUGUCAGCACUUGUCAAUGCAGGUGGUCUUUGCAGAGAAAGCUCCUCAAAUAAAAGAGUUUUGAUCGCUGGAGGAUCAGGAGGUGUCGGGACGUUUGCUAUUCAGUUGGCAAAGGCCUGGGGUGCUCAUGUGACGGUCACUUGCUCUCACAAUGCAGAAGGCCUCGUCAGAGGGCUGGGGGCUGACGAGGUGGUGGACUACGCUGCUGAAGAUGCGGCAGACCGACUAGAAAUGAUGGAGAGAUUCGACCUGGUUUUGGACGGCGUGGGUGGCUGUACAGAGGAGUGGAUGGUGGGCCUGCUGAAGCCCUGGUCUGGGGCUAAAUACGUCACCCUGGUGACUCCUUUACUCAACCAAACGGACUCCCUCGGCCUGCUGGAUGGGCUCGUUCACGCCGGAUCCAGCCUGCACACGAAGGCCUUAGAGAGUCUUAUAUCAACUGGUGUCUUCUACCGUUGGGGAUUCUACGCUCCAGACGGGCCGGCCCUGGAUGAGGUCAGCGAGCUGGUGGAUGCUGGGAAGAUCUUACCAGUGGUGGAGGCCACCUUCCCAUUCAGCCAGGUUCCCCAGGCGUUUCAGAAGUUGGAACACGGCCACGCCAGAGGCAAGACUGUCGUCAGCGUGAUUGGCGACCACGAGAGCGGGGAGGAAGAAAUGGUCCAGGACGGUCGCCCUGAGGCGGCGGCGCAGCAAAGGGCGACGCACAACUAACGACAGGGAAUGAUGCUGCGCUCUUUACCUUUUGGAGGGGAGGACGAAAAAGUGGGACCGGAUCCUGCCGGAUCAUCAAGUUG